AUGGGAAGUACAUAUGGUCUUACAAGUGAGUUUCUCUAUACAACCAUGAUGAACCAGCAUCGAGAGUCAAUGAAUAUGCAUAGAGAGACCUCCCGAGCCAUUGCCUCCCUCAGGAACCUCAUUUUUAACCCUCCACAUUCCAACACCCGAGUUGUGGACGAAGAGAUGGAAGAAGAGGAUGAUAGUGAAGAAGAAGAAGAUGAUGAUGUGGAUAUGCCUGAUGAGGAUCUUUAG